ACUGUUCCAGCUACCAAAUCCUCUGUCGUGACUAAAGACAUCACCAUGGCCAGGAUCAUCUUCUACGAGGACAGGAACUUCAUGGGUCGCUCCUAUGAGUGUAGCAGCGACUGCACUGAUAUGUCAUCCUACCUGAGCCGCUGCCACUCGUGCAGGGUGGAGAGCGGCUGCUGGAUGGUGUACGAUCACCCCAACUUCAUGGGAAACCAGUAUUUCCUCAGAAGGGGCGACUACUCCGACUACAUGAACAUGUGGGGCUGGGGCAACAACUGGAUCAGGUCCUGCCGCAUGAUCCCAAUGUACAGGGGCUCGUACAGAAUGAGGAUGUACGAGAGGGAGAACUUCAUGGGUCAGAUGAUGGACGUGACUGACGACUGCGACUCCAUCAUGGAUCGCUACCACUGGUCAGGCGGAUGCCACUCAUGCCACAUCAUGGACGGCCACUGGCUCAUGUACGAGCAUCCCCACUACAAAGGCAGGAUGUGGUACUUCAGGCCCGGAGAGUACCGCAGCUUCAGGGAGAUGAUGGGAAUGAGCGGAAUGAGGUUCAUGAGCAUGAGGCGCAUCAUGGAUUCCUGGUAUUAAACAAAUCGGAUUGUGUAAAUACUGAAUAAAAUGCUUAAAAAUGA